AACGCCGUGAAGAAAAAGGCAUCUCCCACACAACAACAACGCGCCUAAGUAAACCGGACCAAAGUCGCCUCUCGACCAGAUCUGCCCUUCUUCUUCAAUUUUAUUUCUCCAAACCGAUCGCUCUUCGAUUUCCUAUCAUCAGCUCUCAGAAGUUCGGAGGUCGAUUCGAUUCGCAGAUAAUCCACCAUGUCUAUGUUCAAUAAGCUUUUUGGCAAACCCAAGCAGGAGUCUAGUGCCCUGGCGACGCUUGAUAAAUUAAACGAGACACUGGAAAUGCUGGAGAAGAAGGAGAAGGUACUUUUGAAAAAGGCUUCCACAGAGGUUGAGAAGGCCAAAGAUUAUACCAGAGCAAAGAACAAGCGAGCUGCUAUACAAUGUUUGAAGAGGAAGAGGCUAUAUGAGCAACAGAUAGAGCAGCUCGGCAACUUCCAAUUGCGGAUCCAUGAUCAGAUGAUAUUAUUAGAAGGUGCAAAAGCCACAACUGAGACUGUAGAUGCAUUGAGGACAGGGGCAGCUGCAAUGAAAGCAAUGCAGAAAGCAACGAAUAUCGAUGAUGUCGAUAAAACAAUGGACGAGAUCAAUGAACAAACCGAGAACAUGAAACAGAUCCAAGAAGCAUUAUCAAAUCCAAUUGGUGCUUCAGCUGAUUUUGAUGAGGAUGAACUGGAAGCAGAACUUGAAGAGCUAGAAGGUGCAGAGUUGGAAGAACAACUUCUUCAACCUGCAACAACUGCUCCUGCUGCGCCAAUUCCUGUCCCGGCGGGCAGACAAACUGCUCGACCUGCUCCAAAACGAACUGCUGAAGAAGAUGAACUGGCAGCUCUGCAGGCUGAGAUGGCUCUUUGAUUUGGUGGCUUAAGCAUGGUUAACAUUCGAAGAGAGACGCUAUAACGAAGAAUUGGCCCGAGGAUGUACCAAAGAUUUGAACAUUUUUUGCCAAGUUCAGCAAAGCCUGAUCAACAGGUUUCUUUGUGACAUUACCAGAUAAUAAUGCAAUUUUAAUUUUGGUCCUGUAUAUUCUGUAAAUGAAUAUACCAUUCCUGUGGUUAGUAUUGACCUAAUAUGGAGCUGAAUGUGUAAGUGUCUCAGUUACACAAAGACCAUGUGUUAAGUUUAAGUGUGAGUUGGUUUUUUGAAAA